GGGAAGUAGAUUUAAAGAGCUGGUGGCACUUACCAAGAGCUGAGCUCUGCAUUUUACUGAAAUUAAGCUUUUUAUCCUGUGCAGAGAUGUCUGAGGCUGCACUGGAGGAGAUCUCAGUCCUGUCAGCAAUAUACUGCGAGGCAGGUGAAUUUGAAGUGCUCUCACAUUCAGAAACUGGAAUAACGAUAAUAAUUCAGACCAGUGCACGAAGGACGACAGACCUGGAAAUUAAUCUCCGGUUUGUAUUUGAUCUGCCACCUUCAUAUCCAUCCUGCCUACCAAACCUUUCUAUCAGCUCCCAAGGACUUACACGGGCUCAGUGCAAAACCCUAAGAGAUAAAGUACUGGAAAAAGCAAAUAUACAUCUCUCAGAACCCAUGAUACAUGAACUUAUACUGUGGACCCAGCAGCAUUUCAACAAUUUCAUUGAGGUACCUGAAACAUCUGUCUUGGAUGUACAACAACCUCCAUCAGUAGACGUAGUGACAGACGAAGGGAUCUGGACAAUGCUUUUGCAUUUAGAUCACAUGAGGGCAAAGAACAAAUAUAUCAAAACUGUAGAAAAAUGGGCGACUGACUUGGAGUUGUGUGGAAGAUUGAUGUUCAUGGGCAAGAUAAUUUUGAUCCUUCUUCAAGGAGACAGAAGCAGCAUAAAGGAAUAUUUAGUUCUCCAGAAAACCUGCAAAGUAGAUGUUGAUUCGAGUGGAAAGAAAUGCAAGGAGAGAAUGAUCAGAAUCCUGUGGGAAUCUAGAUUACCCAAGGAAAAAAAAAGGUUUUCUGCGUUUGAAGUUAAAGAAUAUUCCUCAAUGCUUGGUUUGCAAACUGAAUUUGAAACGGCAGGUUUGAAGACAGUUUUCACAGAAUUUGUACAAACACUUUUUUAAUAAAAACUCU